AUGAUAAUUACAGCACGACAAAUUCACAUUAUUAUACGUGAUAACGUGACACAAGCUUGUCCUAGCCAGCAUUCUGAAUUAAUUGAUCGAAAAACAAUAAGUGUUCAGUUCGAGUUGAUGCCAUUGGCAGGUGAUGCAGACCAGUUAUUAAUUACAGGACAAAAUGGAAAUAGACAAACAAUCACAUUUCCAGGAUGUUUUCGUGCACGGUUGAAUUUCCAACUAAAGAAACUAAUCAACAAUCCAUAUAUUGAAUCUUUCAUACAGUUUGGGACAAAUAUACCAUGUAAGGUGGAGGAGGAUGAAGUCACUAGUAAUGUCAAACGCAUUUGCACGAAUAUUACGGAAAAAAAUUGGUGUCCUCAAAGUGAUAAUCAAAAAUUGAGAUCAAUGCUUAAUGGGAAAAGUACAUGCAGAUUUUGUAAUUUAUGUCAGCCGCUGAAAUCAUUUGACAAAGACUUAGAAAGUUACAUUCAAAGUGAAGGACCUGAUCACUGUAAUUCUACGUCGCUCUAUAAAACUUUCAUUCUUAAGAUUUGUACGCCAUCAUCACAACAAUUACGAGAAAAAAACCUUCAUUACAAUGGAAGAUCAGAAGAAUAUUGGAAUUAUUUAAAGCAGGGUGUUUUAACUGCAGUGGUUCAUAUCAUGGAUCGACCACACGUAAGAGCAACUAGCCUACGACAAUGUCAACGUUUAUGCAGGACCUACGAAAACUAUCCAACUAUUUCUGAAUCAUACCGCGCAACGCUACACCAAACUAUCGAAGAACUUUGUGUUCCAGCAGAUUCAUAUGUUGCUUGCAUUUAUCACACCCUAAGAUUCGAUGUUAUCAACAGCUAA